CUUCGUCCCGUCUCGGUCACGCCAUAACCAUCCUCCUCUUCCCCUCCUUCCGCAGUUACCGAAACAUCAUCAGACGACAGUAACCCAAAGACAGAAACAAACGAUAAAAAUCGAAACUUUACGAAACCACGAAAAUCAAGAACCCGAUAAAAAGAAAGAAACCGCCAUGAGCACCCCGAGGAAGCACCACCCGUCGCCGCCGGACGCCGCCGUCCUGAUCCAGCCCUCCUCCCCGCGCUACGCUCCCCCUCCGGGGACGCCCACCGCCGGCGCCCAGCGCAAGAUCGGCAUCGCCGUCGACCUCAGCGACGAGAGCGCCUACGCCGUCCGGUGGGCCGUCCAGAACUACCUCCGCCCCGGGGACGCCGUCGUCCUCGUCCACGUCAGCCCCACCUCCGUCCUCUACGGCGCCGACUGGGGGUCCAUCGACCUCGCCCUCCACGACGAGGCCGCCGCCGUCGCCGUCGACGCCGCCGAGGAUGCCCAGAAGCGGAGGCUCGAGGACGAGUUCGACGCCUUCACGACGGCCAAGGCCAACGAUCUGGCGCAGCCCCUCGUGGACGCGCAGUUGCCCUUCAAGAUCCACAUAGUGAAGGACCACGACAUGAAGGAGAGGCUGUGCCUGGAGGUGGAGAGGCUGGGCCUGAGCGCCGUCGUGAUAGGGAGUCGCGGGUUCGGCGCGGCCCGGAAGAACGCCAAGGGGAGGCUUGGGAGCGUGAGCGAUUACUGCGUGCAUCACUGUGUUUGCCCUGUGAUUGUUGUCAGGUUCCCUUGUGACAAGGACAAAAAUGGCGGUGGCAGCAAUAAAUUGGGCAGCCCGGCCGCUCGGAGCAGUCGGUGUGUGGCAAGCCCGGCGGUGCCCGAGGAGGAGCCGGAGUAUCAUGAUGCAUGUGAUAAGCACAGUGUACACUGUACAGGUGAUCAAUCUGAGACCGAACCGUGAUUUAGUGGCAUUUUGCAAUGCUCGAGGUAUACGUGGUUCGUGCAUGAGAGAAGUUUGAAGAACUUUAUUAAUACGUGGAAAGCACACUGCGACAAUGUUUAUGUCUUGUAAUCUUCGUGUUACAUGUUGGCGGUGUUGGAUUUUAACGCAAUUAUUAUCCCAUCUUUAGAUUGUUUUGGAUGGCUUUCAAAUUAGAUUAGGCUUGGGGAUCCACCAUUUCAGAAAUGUAAGCAAAGAGAAGAACUGGGAAAGGGAAAAAGACGAGAGAAAAAGGCUGUAACGGUAUCCCUGGCUAUAUGAUUACCACACUGGGCAUAAGUGGAGUACCAAUGGCUUGUUGGAAGAGGAAAUUUGCAGUUCCAUUCUAGCUAAUGGAGUUUUUGAUAUGUUAUAAAUCGUUGGCAAGAUUUUCUUAUGGGGAUAAUAAUUCAUUUUAU